CAGGCAAACAAGCAGGCCAGGCAGACGGCUUUCUUGUUCCGAGGACGGCACUCCUAGUCGCGCCGUCUCUCUUUUCUACCUCCAUUGCGCUUGCUCUUCCUCUCCCCCUCGUGUUCGUUCGGUUAACUCAAUCGCACUCUCUCUCUCUCUCUUUCGCUCUCUUUCUCUCUCUCCCUUUCUUUCACGCCGCACGUACCGUUGAGAGCCUCUCCCUUCCCCUGCCGCGCUCUUUCUCUGCCCCUCCAACCCCUCCCCACCCCCUAACCUCGAGCGGGCUCUCGGGCGAGUCCACUAGGACUUGCGAAGGGGAGUUCGGUAGACCUCGGCUCUAGUCGGCCUCGAUCCGCGGAGUGCGUCAGACGCCGCCAGUCGAUCGCUCCGGUUCACGAAUAUUCGCCACCCGGGGCCUACGUGGUUAAGUCGCGGGGCUCGCGAGCCUCGUCGCGCGUUACCUGUCUGCAUCUGCGAGCCGCGACAGUCCGUAUUACGGCGGUUUUACGCCCUCAGCUUGGGACGCACUCGACAAGCGUAUAUCGGUACGACGGCCAUGUUUGGUGUUUAUGACGUGAGGGGGAAUCGCUGACGUCACGCGGCCAACGGGCCGAUCUCGCCCGAACGGCAGCAGCACCAACAGCAGCACGAACGGAUACGGGAGGAAGCGUGCGCUUCGUCGACGUCGUGUCGUCGUUGUCACGCCGGAUAUCACGCGCGACACGACGCGGCCACGGACAUCCGAUCGGAGGACAUCCCUGCGCUCGUCCGGAGUCAGAUCGAAAGGAUUAAGGAUUCACACGACGGCCAUGGAACUGGGCGACAGAGUCUACGCCGCGGAACGGAUCACGAAGAAGAGGGAAAAGCGGGGCAAGAUCGAAUAUUUUGUCAAAUGGAAAGGAUGGAGCAAGAAAUAUAACACAUGGGAGCCGGAAGAAAAUAUUUUGGACGUCAGAUUAAUCGAGCUGUAUGAAGAGAGUCAGAAAGGCGGAGAUGUAUCCACCAGAAGACCAAGGCGAAGGGAUACCAGAUAUAACGAACAGGUGCUGGCCAAUUUAGUAGUCGAGGAAGAACCCGGUGGAGAUGAAAGAGUAGGCGAGGACAGUCAGGACGAAUCGACGACAGGCAGCACCUCGGCGCCUCGAUUGAACUCAGUAGCCCCUGACGAGGACACACUCCCGAGUUCCUUGGACGGCCACGAGUCCCCGACACCGCCAGAAUUGGCGUCGACAUUCAUCGAUUCCGACAGUUCCAACAGCAGCGUAGACAUACCUCUGUUGCCCAGGAAAGAGCUGGGUACAAAGAGAAAGGCGGAGGUUCUCAGCAAGGAGUCCGGCAAGAUCGGCGUGACAAUUACCACGAGCAAUCCCAAUAGCGGUAGUGGUAGCCCGCCACCGAGCAAAGUUCCUCGGUUAUUGCCUUUGAAGAACAAUCCUACAACGCCCUCUUAUCACAGUCACAAAGUCAACGGCAGGAGGCCGUCGUCCUCCAGCGUAAAGUCGACACCGGAGGAGCCACUUCCGGCGGUGCCGACGACGCCGGCACCGGCAGUCCAGGACAAGAAGCGUCCCGAAGCCGACGUACCUCACGGGCCACCGCCCUCUCUUCCACGUGCACCGCCGGCGCCGCUGUCCCCCCAGAUAGACACACCUCUGGAACAGCCCUCGACGAAGAAGAGGCAUUUGUCGGAGCAGAAGCAGGACAAAUCGAACGGGGCGGUCACCGGCGAAAAAGCGAACGGUCAUAAAUCACCGAGUCCCACAGAUUCUUACACCAACAACAAUAGGUUACCGACAGUCGUGAACGGCCAUCACAGUCAUAAUAAUAAUAUUAACAACAAUAAUAAUAACAACAAUAAUAACAACACUUCGAGCGUCAAGCAGACCGAAAUCCCGAAGUCGGAGAUCUACGCCCCGCUCACGAGCCCGAGCACCGAUUAUUGGCACGCGAGAAACCCAGUGGCGGAUCAAGUGUUCAUCACGGACGUUACUGUUAAUCUGAAAACGGUUACCAUCAGGGAGUGCAAGACUGAAAAGGGCUUCUUUCGGGAGAGAGAUCCCAAAGAGACUCUUUGAACUUUCGAGAACGAUAUCUAUCAAUAGCCCUGCGUCGGGGACAUCCACUCCGAAUUGUGUAUUGAAUUAUUGUAAAUAAAUAUAAAUUAUUUUCACACACAUGUUAAGCCCAGGAUGUAAUCAUAGUACCGAGCAAAUUUAAACUUUUCUAAUAAUUGACAGAUGACGAUAUAUCAUGGUAUCGCAGAAAAAGAAGAAAGAUAUCGCGACGAUAGUCGGGCAGCGCGCAAAGAUCUAUACAAUCCGUACGCAUUGAGAUUCCAAGAAAUUCGAUUAAAUAGUGAAAUUAGAAAUUGAUCAGUAUUAGAGAACUUUUUCCUACCAAAUUGAAAAUUAAAUAGUCACAAACGAUGCUUUACUCAGAUUUGCGAGUCUGUGUAAAUUUAUUGUAUAAAGAAUGUUGUAAUGAUAACGGUCUGACGAGCAAAUCAUCAUACCUAUUAUUACAAUACGUACACUUGUAUAUUUCAAAACGCUUGGUAGAUUUUAACCACAUACACGCUGAAGAUCUAGAUAACAUUAACGGAUGCUACGUCUUCUAGUUGUUUUAUUCAUUAUUUGCUUCUCUUGGAACUUUGCUGAGAGAAAAUGGUAUAGAUAAAA